AUGGCUGCCGUAAAUUUUAAUUACCCUCACUUUCUCUCACUAGAUGCCAAAACCAGUGCAGUCAAACGCAACAACAAAGUCGUCAAAGUUGGAGACAAUGUGCUGUUGCGAUCACCGGAGAGCAAUACUACUCCUUAUGUGGCUCAGAUUAACGUGACAGUUCAGAUAAGGUAUUACAGGCCGAAAGAUUCCAUCGGAGGUCGUAAACUAUUCCAUGGUGAGAAAGAACUGUUCUUGUCUGACCACUAUGAGUUUCAGAGUGCUUACACGAUUCAAGGUAAGUGUAUGGUUCAUUCUUUCAAGAAUUACACCAAGCUAGAGAGGGUUGGAGCUAAGGAUUACUAUUGCCGAUUUGAAUACAAAGCUGCAAUCGGUCUUUUUUUACCUAUUCGCGUUAGAGUGUAUUGUAAAUGCCAAAUACCUGAGAACCCAGACCAUUUUAUGGUGCAGUGUGAAGAAUGCAAAAACUGGUACCAUCCUUUUUGUCUUGAGAUGACUAUUGAUCAAGCAAAACAAUUAGAUCCGUUUAUGUGUUCUGAUUGUAAUGGAGAAGAGGUAUUCACUUUCUAA